GCGAAGGAAGGAGAGGGAUUUUCCUUCCCUUCUUAAAAGCUGUUUCCGGUCCUGCUGCCAUAUUCCUUUUUUGGAAAGGGGGGGGAGGAAAAGAAGACUUGUAUAAAUGAAAUAUCAAACCAGGCAGGUGGUGGCAGCUGCGUUAGAAGGGCAUGCAAAAGCCUAGCGACGCGAGAGCGCCCGAUGCCACGGUGACGGGCUCCAAAGGGAGCUUGGUAGCGUUGGAUUCCUCUCGCGAAUCCCUCGCUGGAUGCUUCUACUAUCCGAGAGGCGCUUAAAGGAUCACUUGGAAGGAGGGGGGUGGAGAAAGGAGACGGUGUCUGAGCCGCAGGCGGGCGUGUACCUCUCCUGCUGACAUCACUUCUCGAAAUCGCUCCAAGUUCCAAUCAGUCUCUCCAGCCAUUUACUGCUCUUCCUUCCUUCACACAGGGGCAGGAGAACGUGGGGACACCCCUCUCGCCCAGUCUGGAAAGAGAGAGCGAAAGAGAAGCGCGCGCGCGCGCGCCUUCACACGCGCACACACCCUCUCUCAUUCACUGGCUCGCUCCACACAAAGCAAGCGCCCUGGUGUCUCUCCCGUCCUUUUCCCCUUUCGGCUCUUUCCAGGCGAUGCGCAAGAGAAGCUCCGGAAGGUACCGGCGGGCAAGCGCCUAAGCUCUCGGGCUCCUGCUUCACGCUCCGUGUCGCCCAUUUGCGACUCGUUUCCCGCCUCCCCUUAAUCUGAGCCGCCGGUUCGUUUGUUUUGUUCGCCGCUUGGCCCUGCGGCGAGUCGCGCUGAAGAUCUGGCCCGUUCCCGUGCUUGGGAGGAGACGGCGCUAAGAUUCCAGAAGAGCUGCACUGAUUGUUUACCACCCUGUUCUCCAUAGAAAGCUCUGUCAAGUGACAGCGUAUCUUGGAUCAUGGGGAGCAGUAAGAGCAAACCCAAAGACCCCAGUCAACGGAGGCGCAGUUUGGAAUCCACAGAAAAUAUCCAUGGUGGAUGCUCUGCCUCUCAAACACCUAGCAAGACCACAGCUCCAGAUGCUCAUCGGACUCCCAGUAGUUUAUUUGGAAGCACAGCUCCAGAACCAAAGCUCUUUGGGGGCUCAAAUACAUCUGAUACAAUCACCUCUCCUCAGCGCUGUGGGACUCUAGCUGGAGGAGUCACCACCUUUGUGGCCCUCUAUGACUAUGAAUCAAGGACAGAAUCUGAUCUUUCUUUCAAGAAAGGGGAACGCCUCCAAAUACUCAACAACACGAGAAAGGUGGAUGUCAGGGAAGGCGAUUGGUGGCUGGCUCACUCCCUCACAACUGGUCAGAAAGGCUACAUCCCCAGUAACUAUGUCGCACCUUCAGACUCCAUCCAGGCUGAAGAGUGGUAUUUUGGCAAGAUAACCCGCCGAGAGUCUGAACGGCUACUACUCAAUCCUGAGAAUCCCCGGGGAACAUUCUUGGCAAGAGAGAGUGAGACAACAAAAGGUGCCUAUUGCCUCUCCGUGUCAGACUUUGACAAUGCCAAGGGCCUCAAUGUGAAGCACUACAAGAUCCGCAAGCUGGACAAUGGAGGCUUCUACAUCACCUCCCGCACACAAUUCAGCAGCCUUCAGCAACUGGUAGCCUAUUAUUCCAAACAUGCAGAUGGCUUGUGUCAUCGUCUCACCAACGUCUGUCCAACCAGCAAGCCUCAGACACAGGGCCUUGCAAAGGAUGCAUGGGAAAUCCCCCGGGAGUCACUGCGAUUAGAGGUGAAGCUUGGGCAAGGCUGUUUUGGAGAAGUGUGGAUGGGGACCUGGAAUGGCACCACCAGGGUAGCAAUAAAGACUCUGAAACCUGGGACGAUGUCUCCGGAGGCAUUUCUGCAGGAGGCGCAGGUCAUGAAGAAAUUGCGUCAUGAGAAGCUGGUGCAGCUCUAUGCUGUCGUUUCAGAGGAGCCUAUUUACAUUGUAACAGAAUACAUGUGUAAAGGAAGCCUCCUGGAUUUCUUGAAGGGAGAGAUGGGCAAGUAUUUGAGGCUGCCCCAGCUGGUAGACAUGGCAGCUCAGAUUGCAUCUGGCAUGGCAUACGUGGAGAGGAUGAACUAUGUACACAGAGAUCUCCGAGCUGCUAACAUCCUUGUGGGGGAAAACCUGGUGUGCAAAGUAGCUGAUUUUGGAUUGGCACGGCUGAUUGAGGACAAUGAAUACACAGCAAGGCAAGGUGCUAAAUUCCCCAUCAAGUGGACUGCCCCAGAAGCUGCUCUCUACGGCCGGUUCACCAUCAAGUCAGAUGUAUGGUCCUUUGGAAUAUUGUUGACUGAACUGGCCACAAAGGGCCGAGUACCAUAUCCAGGUAUGGUGAACCGGGAAGUGCUUGAUCAAGUAGAACGAGGCUAUCGGAUGCCCUGUCCACCAGAAUGCCCAGAAUCUCUGCAUGAUCUGAUGUGCCAGUGCUGGAGGAAGGAUCCUGAGGAAAGACCAACCUUUGAGUACCUUCAAGCUUUCUUGGAGGACUACUUCACAUCAACAGAGCCUCAAUAUCAGCCAGGCGAGAACCUAUAGACCUGGGGACAGAAUUCAUUGCCAAAGACUUGAUGCUGCUCCUGUUGCAUAUGUGCUCAAGAGAAAUACGUUGAGACCUAUUUGGAACACAUCUGGAGCACCUGCUAGUGUCUCUCCCUCAUUCUGAUUUGCCCUUCCUUUUAAGGAUGGUACUGCGCCCUCUGUUUAACAAACAGACGUGAUGCCCUUGACUGUUCUGGGUUAACAAAGGCCUUGAUUGGUCAUGAAUUAGCAGUGUCACAGUUCUACUUUUUAAUAUGAAGUUGGCUGUGGUGCAGCAAACAGGGUUUCAGAAAAGCCAAGUUCUUCCAAAAGAGAAGAGGCCAAAUGAAAACCAGGGAUCCUAUUCAUGAGGGCCGUCUACCCUCUAGAAUCCUCCCUCCAAACCAUUCUUCACUACUAUCAGAAAGAACAUGACAACUCUGCGCCUGAUGGUGAUGAUGUGGACUACUUUGUGGCCUGCAUGACUUCAAAGCACUUGGGUCAUCUUUGGUUGACUGAGUAGUGAUGCUACAGCAUUAUGCCUUUUGGAUUCAUAUGGCUUCUGUUCUCCUUUUUGUCUAAAACCAGCACAAUUUCCCCUUUCCCUCUCCUAUCCAAAUCCCAUUGCCUGGAAUGGGAUUGACUGCUUCACUCCAGGAAAAAAUGGUAGCCCACUUAUAUUUGGAAUGCUUCAUAUUCCAUGUGGUCCUCUGUUUUACAUAUAUAUCUGCCGCUGUUAUCUUCAGUGCUACUGAAGAUGUGUCACUGUCCACCCAGUCUUGUCUCAUUUGUGUGUGGUGCACCUGCAGAUCUUAGCCAUUUUAAAAAUUGGACCCGGGGUGCCUGGCUUGCAGAGUGUUGGGUUCUUCUGUGCCCUCUGGUUACAAGUUAAUGUAGAACAGGGAUGUCCAUCGUGGUGCCCUCCAGAUGAUGUUGAACUAUAAUUCCCAUCAUCCCUGACCACUGACAUGUUGGUUGGGGCUGAUAGGAGUUGCAGUCCAACAUCUGGAGGGCAUCAAUAUUGGCUUCCCCGAUGCAGAACUAAAGAAACUUCUUGGUGAGGCCACACUCAGCAAUUGUAUAGGGAUUUGGCUUUUGAUGCUUGUGGUAGUGAUUACUUAUGCAUUCUUCAGGGCUAUGUUACUUCUUGGAUUGCAGGCUUGUCUUCCAGUCUUGCCUUUCAACCCUCAUAAAGCAAGCCUAUGAAAACAAAUGUCUUACGACCCAGGUAGAGUAUCCUUGCUGGCCUACCCUCUUUCCUUUCACAAAGCACGCUACCACCCCUAAAUGUCAACCUUUUGCCCAUGGAAUACUAGUCUUCCACAUGGAAUUCAUCAAGUAUACAGUUUCUUCUCUUUUCAUGUCAAUGCAUCGUAGUUGUUUCUGGGGCUCCUAGACACCUCAGGAGCAUAAUACUGCUGCUGGGCAAACUUCACCAGAACAAAUUGUUCUGCAGUCCUGCAUCAGCAUAGUAGAUAUAGUUCUGGUUCAGGCAAGGUAAAAGGCCUUGUGGUGUCCUGUUUAUCUUAGCCAUAUAAUAUGUACCAUUAGCCUAUUCUCUUCAGAAGCUGGAAGGGAACCCCCUUCUCCCAUACAAUAUGCAGUCAAGUGAUGCACGGUGGGAAGGUGUAUGAGAAGGAUUCCAACAAAGAAGUUAGCAAAGUACAUAGAAUCCUGAAAAACCUGAUUUUUCUCCUGCAGCACUAAAUUUGUUUUCCCAGUGCUAUAUGAUCCCAGAGAUGAGGUUGCUGGAGAGAACUUUAGGUCAGGGGUUUAACCCAGGCUCCUGUUGUAAUGAGCAUUUAUAAGAUCUUGCAAACUCCAUGCAGGCUUCUUCCACAGAGUGAUCCUUUAAGAAAUGCAACUCCCCGUUUGUGCUUCUUGUCUGGUCAUGACCUGAAACUAGUCCCAAUUAUCCCUUGGAAAGAAAUCAUGCCAAAUGCUUUUGUUUUGUCUCUUCUAUCUCCUUCCUUCUUUUAAAGCCCUAAAGCACUGGGGAAAAAAGAGAACAAUAGCUGAACCCUGUGAAGUACUAAUGACCAAACUGCGUAUUGCUUGCAGCUGCCUGUACUUUUUCUCUAACAUUUCAUGUUAACUAAAAGGGAAUCACUAAGCUGUGAGUUUCACCAAAGGAACAGUAGGGAAGAGGAUGCUUAAAUUUGUGCCUUCUGGCUGUUUUUCACUUAAAAUUAUCCCUUCCCAGGCUGAUUGAGUGAGAAAACUGGAAGGGAAAGGGUUAACCAGACAUAUGCACGUUGAUGCAGACCAUGUGGUGUUCCUCUGCUAAAAACUCACAGCAUGAAAAACUGCAUUCAGUUUUUUAAAAAAUGACAGAAGAGAGAAACACAAUUGCAUGCGAUGUGUAUGGUCACGAGAGUCCUUACUAAUGAGUGCUCAGGCUUCUGCUGAAUCAUACCCCAUGUAAUCUAUUCCUUGACCCCUUAUUAUUUUCCAUGUAUCCUGCAGAGCUUUCUGCGUUCAAACCCAUCUUGCUGAACAUCAGAAGCUGUUUUUAACAGCAGCUGGUCUCUGAACAGUUUGUUGUAGUUUACAUUUGAGCUUGUGCAUAUGCAGCAGAACUGAACUUGGCAAUCUUGGAAGGGGGGGUUAAAAUCAACAGUCUGUUUUAAAAUCAGUAAGGUGAUGCUUCUUUGUUGCAUGUUAGAACUACCCUGUUCUCAGGAAAGAGCAAGAAAUUGGACAGGAUGGAGACUUUGACACCAGCACCUAGUCCCAUCAGCAGCUGGUGCCAUUGCUCAGUGACCUUUACUCAGGCAGAGGAGCAAAAAGUAUAAAACUGCAAUUGACUUGGCUGGAGCAUGCCUGGUACAUUAGUGUCUGUAAGCCAAGGAAUCUGUACCCUGAGGGCAGAUGGAGUAAUUGUAUGCAGCAUGCUAGGAGAGACCUGAGAUGCACUCUAGAAGCUGGCGUGAGAGUUCAGACUUGGAGCCAUGUCGCUUUAUUAACUAGGGCAACUUUAUAAACAAAGCUGUGUGCAUCCCAGACUCACAGCAUGUGAGCAUGCCUCAAAGGGACUGAAAAGGCAAUAUCUCUCAAGUGCCUUUGGCAUGACCAUGAGUCUCAACUUAAGAAGUGUUUUAAAAUCAAUAAGGUCACUGCAGCAUCUUAAGUCAAAAAAUUCUUACUAGUGAAAUGUGGACCUCUUGAUUAAUCCUCCUUUUACUCAAGGUGAAACCUCAGCUGUUGCCUCCAAAUCUUCAUGCACCAUGCUCGUUUUCCAAAUCCUAGGAUUGUGUCUGACUAUGUUUUACUCAGAGUAGACCCAUUGAAAUUAAUGGACCUAAGUUAGUCAUGUUCAUUCAUUUCAGUGGGUCUAUGCUGAGUAGGCCUAGCAGCAGACACUAUUUUGGCUUUCCAGGAUUUUUGUCAAACUAUUAAUGGAAUAGAGCCAAGUGUCAGUCUAGUCUAUGCAAAUAUACACAGCAACAUUUGACUAGGUUUGAACCCAAAUGGUUACACUUGCUCCGUAUCACAGAAGGCAGAUGGGUAAAAGUUUUCCAUAUGUAACACUUGUACUGGAAGUCCCCAAUCCACAGAAAGCUAGCUGUCCACCCCCAAAAGUCCUAUUAAAAUCAAUUAAACUUGUUAGUUACAAGCGUGGCUAACUUUCUCUGGUUUGACUGCUGGGUCCCAAGUCUACAGUUCAAGAAAUAACCCCUCUUCCUACUGAGAAUAGAUGUUUGAGGGAGUUUUGGGGACAUCUUUUGAAGGAAAUCUUUCCAUCACUGCAUCAAAAUGAGAAAAAUGUAAUGAAAGCCAGUUUGGCAAUCUUCUCCGAUGUAGCCUGCCACCUGCAAAAAAACUUGUGAAAAAAACGAAUCAGCUACCCAAGCCAUAUGUAAAUGGAUCUGUCUUCUGUUGCAAUGGUUACUGUGAGUGUUGUACAGAAAACCCUCCUGCAGUGCACCACUUUCUUUUUAUUGGGAGAAUUUCUUACCAACUGUAAAAUAGCUCUACUAUUGUGUAUAGCUCUUGAGUCAUCUGAGUUCUUGCUGCUCAGUGGCUUUGGAUACUGAUUUAAGUGUAUGUGAAUCUUAAGGUGAUGAGAACAUUCAAUGCAGUUGUACUUAGGUGGAAUUCAUUGUCGUGGUCAUGUCAUCACUUGGUCAUCCUAUUUUUUUCAUGCCUAAAUUUUGCAUGGUCUCCAAUGUGCCAAAAAAACCACACCAAAACCUCCAAGGGCAGAAACUUUUGUUGUUGUUUAUCUGAUUAACUGCCCUUCAUGACCAAUUUCAUCCAGGACUAGAAUGUGUGAUUCUAGCAACUAUGUAUUUGGAACAGAGAACCUCUGUCAAUGUUCCAGCUUGUCCUGAGAUGUAAUUCGGCUUAACAAGAGAUUAUUUCCACCAAACAGAUAUGGAACACAGCUGAUAAGGCACCAAAAUCGGUAUGAAAUUAUCACAAGAUUUCAUGUGCUUCCUCUCCGCUCAGCCCUGCAGCUUUGCCUGUUGGCAGGAGAGGGGAAUGGAAUGGGGUGGAGUUCCCAUAUUUUGCACAAGCUCCUUUCCCAAAAAGUCCACAUUCAAGUUUUUAUGAUGCUGAGAACCAGACCUCAGUAUGUUUUUGAGGUAACUGAGCCAAAUCUCUAUCUUACACCAAGUAAGUCUGUGUACCUCAGAAUCACAAAAUGCUCAAUGCAUCACAGCAAUAGUUUUUAAAUUUUAUUCAUGGGUUUGCACAGGUAGAUCAAUGGGAGGGCCCCAUGACUACUUUCAAUCAACUGCUUUGUUAUAUGCCAAAAUCUCCACGCCCUGCAGAGCUUCUAACAAAAUUCCUACUUUUAUUGUUUUGGGAACAGGGUCUACUUUCCUUUUUCCAGUGACGAAGGUACAAUGCAUUGUGGGAGGCAGGGUCAAAAGUCAGCAACUUUUUCUUGCCUUUCUGUAUCUCUUAUGUAUUACUCAUUCAUAAUAUGCCUUAUGUGUGCUUCUUUCCAUAUGUACCCACAAGACUUAAUGCUGACUUUUAAAAAAUUCAUUUUUCUCUGAUGUCUUGAAUUAAAAUUCUGGUCCUACAAGGACGUCUUCAACAACGUAUUGCAUCAAAUGAGAAAGGAACUAAUCAGAAAUCAGGAGAUCGUGCCUUCCUAACUUUUUAUUCCGUUUCUGUUCUUUUUCCAAGUUCAACAUUCCUUGUUUAUACCUCUUCCACAUACGGGAUUGUUGCUGAGACCAGAAUGACUUUUUUCCUUCAGCCCUUAUUCCAAUGUGCCAAUGGAUAUCUAAUUCCCAUCAGAACGUUCCUUGUAUUGUUUUGGAACACCAGUGUGGAUUGAUAAUUAGCCUGCAUGGGCAACAACCUUUUGUUUUAUGUUUUAUAUUUGUUGACAUGCUCCCUGUUGUCUUGUUCAGUUAAUGAUUUCUGUACUAGUCAGUUCUGACAUGGCAAAUCUGUGCCUGGUUUGUAUUCCAAAUCCAGCAAGGUAUCAUAUGAUCGUACGGUUCUCCCUAUAAGAAAGAAAAAUUACCCAUAUAGAAUACUAGAUGUUUUGAAGCAGGGGUAGGCUAAAACCCUUUUGACAUCUAAUGCUGUAUGCAAGAUGGGAUUUGACUAUAUGAUUCUCCCACCUGCAGUCUGAGAAAGUGCAGCCUAGACACAAGUUUCCCAACUCUCUCAGAUCUAAAAAUUCACUUUCUGAUCAAGCCAUUUCUACAUGGCGUAAUAUUUCUGUAUUUUUUUAAAAGCACUCUUCAUUUGUGAGCAGGACUUACAUUUGGGUAUUCAUGUUACGUGCCCAGGGUUUGUUUUGUACAAGCUGGAACAGUUAUUUUACUGAGGACAGGGGGACUUCUCUCCAUAGAAAUGCCACUUUUCUUACUGUUGCAGUUCAGAUAUGGAGAGAAACCCCUUUUGCUGAGAUGGAAGUACUGCUGUUUCUUGCCAAUGACUCUUGAAUAACUUUAUUUUUAAAUGUCAGCCAGUAAAGAGAAAUAGAUUCUUGACAAAUACAAAAUGGAACAUAUACCUAGCUGGGAAAAGCUAAAGUGAGAGCUAAAACCAGAUUGUGUGUGUGUACAUAAUAUAUAUAGAUAUUAAUGUAUAAAGAUUUCUUUUAUGUACAUUUUUUUUUAAAAAUCAAGGCAAAUACAUCAGUUUAAAAUUACAGAUUUCUCUUCUGGUUUUGGUAUAGCAAUAAUGAUUAUGAAUACUAAUUUAAUGAACAGUGUACUUAGUCUAGCUUUUCUUCUUUGUCAUGGGCACAUUUUUCAAAGAAAAAUGAGUCAAGAUUCCUUGUGUAAACUCCUCAGCUUCCCCCCCCCCCAAUGCAUGGUGUAGAUGACUUUGGUACAAAGGGAGAUGGAGCCAGUUUUAGGACAGGAGCCUGACCUUUACAAUGAACUCAAGAACUGAAGGAAGCAUUAAGAGAGCUUCCUGUGUUGGCCUUGUUCUUCCUUAUUCAGUUCUUCACUUAAAAAAGAAAAAGAAAAAGCUCAUAGUAGAGGAAUCUGUUGGAGUGAAGCUCUGGCUUUGGCUGAAUGAAGUUUAAACAAGUCCUUACAUAGAUUUCUUCUGCUAUUGUAAUUGUAUUUUCUUUAAAAAAACAAACCACACAUUUUGUAAAAUCUCCAGCUAACUAAGAGAAUGUGAUGAUCUUUUUCUCUGUGUCCCUCCCAUCAUUCCCUUUUUAGUGUCUGACUACUUAACUCUUUUUUGACAAUAAAAUGUUUUGAAAAACCAAAAUUCCUAAAUGUAUGGAGGUAAAAGUCCUCUUUUAAUGCAA